ACUCAACACACUGAUUUAUUCAGUUGAGUUAUAAAUUAUCAUCAAUUGGAUUUAGGAAACAUGUAUUCUUGUAGUUCCUUGUGAGUAAAUGUCAGAGAUAAUUCUCGUGCACAUUGCAUCCGAGGUUACACGCGCAAAUAUUUCUUCUCUAACACUAACAAGGUUUUUAGCAGAAUUGACAAAAACAGUUUGUCACUUUGAUGGCACAUAUUUGACACAGGCAUAUUUUUAUUCUGUCCUUUCUGGUUGGUCUCAAUAAAACGUAGUUUGUUGUCACAGGUUCAUCGAUACCAUUACAGACAUCACUAAUAAUGUAACACUCAAAUAUUUUUACGCAUAGCUAUUUAAUUCUAUGUUCCAUUCACAGCCACCGUGUUUUCUCAGCUUUACGGGACACAGACCAGCUGAGUGUUGACGCUAUGUUAGAGCGAUUGGGUACCUUUGGACGGUAUCAGAUUACACAGGUCGCACUGUUGUUUUGUGGGAACCUCACCAUCGCCUUUCAUGUUCUAAAUUUUGUCUUCAUUGCACAAGAAGCGAAGCAUCAGUGUACGUCCACUGAAUUGGUCGAGAGUAGUGACAGUGAUGUGGUGUAUGGACAGUGCCAUGGGAACAUAGUAAACGUCAGUACCAACGCAACGACCACCACGCAAUGUGUUGCAUGGAAAUAUGAACCAGAUCGUCUACGUUCCAUAGUGUCAGAGUGGGACUUAGUUUGUGAUAAUGUCCCGUUCAGUCGCCUUCCACAAACUAUGUUUAUUGUGGGCCAAGGAAUCGGGGCACUGGUGUUUUCUAUACUGUCUGACAAAUUCGGGAGAAGGCCCUUCCUACUCCUCUCCCACUCUGUAACGGCUGGGGUCGGAGUUGCACUGGCGUUUUCCCCCAACAUACAAGCCUUCACCAGCAUGAAACUGAUUAACGGAGUUUUCCAACAGGGGAUCGUAGUGACAUCCUGUACAAUGUGGCUGGAACUGUUUCCAAGACGGCGUCGUAUGGACAUAGUGUUUAUUCAAUCUAUAUCAUGGUGUGCAUGUCUUCUGAUGCUUACUCUCGUUGCCUACAUACUGCGUUAUAACACAUGGCGGACACUGCAGCUGGUAUUGUCCUCUGCGUCCAUCGUCGUGGUCCUUCAAAUUAUAUUUCAAGACGAAUCUCUCAGAUGGUUGAUCGCAAACAAAAAAGAUGACAAAGCAAUACAGAUCCUGUAUAAGGCUUCAAGGUUUAAUUGCGUGGAUGUUUCAAAUGUGAUUCCUCAGGUUACAGCUUUUACAGAAACAACAGGCGACGCACCUAAGCCCGAUACCAACAAGAUCCCUACGGUCAUACAUGUUUCCAGAUACACAGUACUGGAUGCGGUCAAAAGCAUGUUUAUGCUGAAGAUUUCAAUUAUUGUUUGGCUUUCAUGGCUGGUUGACAGUCUAACAUACUUUAGCCUGUAUCUGACAUCCUCAUCUCUAGCCGACGACUUCUAUCUCAACUUUCUCCUCAACUCGGUGGCUGAAGUCCCAACGGCACCGCUGUACUGGCUCAUCAGCAAAAGACUUGGAAGGAGGAAGUUUUUCAUGAUUUUUCACAUUGUGUCUGGUGUGUGUCUUCUCCUGGCAACAGCUUUGAAACUACUGGCAGUUGGCGUUGCUGCUUCGUCCGGUGCCACAGCUUUAGCUUUUGUCGGGAAAAUUGGAAACGCUGCCUGUUUUGCGUCUAUGUUCACAUACGUUCCGGAACUGUACCCAACGAAUAUAAGGACUGUCGGUCUCGGUGGUGGGUCAACGGCUGCAAGAAUUGGUGCUGCUAUUUCACCUUUCACUUCCUUGCUUGCAUCAGCUAUAUCUUGGUUACCUGGAACUAUAUUUGGUGUGGGCUGUUUAAUCAUAGCAGGUUUGGUGAUGAUGCUUCCGGAGUCACAAGGGAGAGAGUUGCCAGAAACAGUUGAGGACAUACAAUCAUGGCCAAAAAAGCCUAAUACAUGUACCAGCAUGCCAGCCACGUGAAAGUUUCUAUCAAUGUUCAAAUGGAAUGUAUUUUGCGCAUUGCUCCUCUAUUGCACAGUAGUAAUACAUUGUAUGUUUGUAAACUUGGUAUGCUGAUUUAGAUAUACCAGCCAAUUUGGCCAAUCGUUGUUGGCACAGGGUGACGAUGGCCAGAUAGAAGGACUGCCCCUUAGAUUUUAAAGGCUUAUUUAUGUUAAAUGUUUAAUUCCCGUGGAUUUGUAUUUAGCUUUCAGGCCGUAAGUAAAUAACCGUGUUGGUUCUUUAUUGUAUCUAACACCUGUUCUUAAAGUGCAAACACUGCACUUUAUUAGGACAUUACUAUUACUCUUGAUAGUGUCAAUGCCCAUCAGAAUAGAGUUUGUUAACAAACACCUGUGAUAGCCUUGGCUGACCGCUUUGGGUGAAAGAUGAUCUGAUCGGCAGUCUUCUACGCCGAUGUCCGUAAUUGGCUUACAUAUGGAUUAUGCUGCAUAUCCUCUGGGAGAUUCUCCCAAGCUGGGUCACAGAAAGGAAGACGGUGUCCCCGAUGCAAGAUCAAAGGUAGGAGUCGCUGUCCAGCUGUGAAGACAGAAGCUGGUUGCGUAACAAGUGGUAGGAGCACAAGUCGGUUGAGAUGUUUUGACUGGCGCCCUGGGAUGCUGUCUGAACAAUAUACAUUGUCCCAGAAAAUGCUACACACUGUUGUCUGCCACAAAAUACAUUGUUGCAUGAUUUUGUAAACAGUUGUGAGGCUUUAGUUUUAACAAAAAUUCAGCUGCAGCUGAAAAAUAUCCAGUCUCCAUACAAAAUUUCAUCAAAUGGUCGAUCAGUUCAUUGCCACUUUAUACCUGGAAAUCUGACACGAAGCUCCACUUUUGUAAAUGAUUAUUUCCCCUUUGUCGAACAUGAUUGAAAUUCAGGAAUUUGAUGAAAUGAUUAGUUUGCAAUAUGUGUAUCGUAUCCUAAUCUGUCAGCUGAAAUAGGAUAGAAGUCAUAGGAAUCUUUUCCAUUGCGAUAUAGAUUGAUUUACCCCAGAGCCUAAUGUUUCGACACAAAUUCAGAUUACAAAAUUAGCUCACCGGGUCGUAAAACUCAGCUCGUGACUGUCUAGUGACAGAAGUAAGUAGUUUAUUUAAGUGUCACACGCACCGGGACAUGUAAAACAUACAUGAUAUAUACAUAUAUCAUACAGUGCGUCGAGCCACAAAUUUGCCUAAGAGACACUAUAAUCAAAUCAUACAAUACAAAAUAAAACAAAUAAAUACAAUUUGUUUUACAAAAAUUGGUUGUAUUAAAUAAAGAUUACAACAUUUGCCUUCUUCGAAACAUUUUAGAAAGUUUUGAGGGUAAAUGGCUUUGUAUUUUAAUUUCGUUUAUUGUAUAUCCAAAUUUUUCUUCAUCAUUAAAGUUAUAAAACCAAGGAUUAUUUUCAUAUGCUGCAUUAAAUAGAUUGAAACGCAAAUCAUCGUAAAAAUGACAUUGAAUAAUAAAUAAUGAAAUUCAUAUUUUAUCAUAUUAACGUGUAAAUCAUUUGGUAAAAUAAGUAUUUAUGAUCUUCAUGCAUCCGUGCCCAUCUCUGUCCAGCGGUCGGUCGCUUGGCUUCAGUUCUCUGACUUUGCGAUUGAUUUGGCUAUCGCUGGAGAAUAUUUUGUCUGUAAAUUUCAUUCUCUAGUAUUUCAAUCUUAUGCUCUCAUCAUGUGUUGAUGUGGUAUGCUUUAUCUCCCUUGUGCGUGAAAGCAUAUCCACUUGUUGAAUAUGAUUCAGUAACUUUCACUCAGUAGCAGGAUUAUCUAGUUCUAUGCAGAUAUUUCUCGUGUAUUUAUUGUAAUUGUUGCCAUGUUUAAUGUACCUUUGGGUAGCUUAUGUUUAGUCCUUUAUUCUUAUACCUAUAUAUCUCCAAUAUUGGUUUUGUAGAUAGUUUGCUAGUCGUGUUUCCCUAUUUUCGAAUGCACAUUGCUGAUCGCACACGAGUUUAGAUAGCGUUCACGGGUGUCGAGCGGUGGUUGUCUUCUCCGAAGUCCGCUCAAAUAGGUUUGCGCUAUUUGUUGUUGUACUGUGUGAUAAUGUACAUAUUAUAUUUUAACUAUUGAUGUAACACGUAUAUUCGUGUCUCGUAGGCCACGGCUGGCUGAUAGAUGUACUUUCAAUUCAUGCCAUAUUUGCAAUGAUGCUGAUUUUAUGCAUCCAGUGACACGUUAAUAAAAUAUUUCUUCUUCUUUCUUCUUCUGUAUUUUGUCAGUAAUAUAACCCUUUAUCUUGAUGUCCGUGAAUAACGAAUUGUCCAAGGAUUAUCUAGCUAGCUAUUGGCAAGUACCUGUUUAUUGUUGGGAGUCAAGAACUUCUGUAUAUCAAGUACCUGUAAACUCUGGAAGUAAAAUAUUUCCUUUUUUUAGACCGAAGUGAUUUGUUUAGGGAUAUGUGCACAGUGUCUUUUCUCCCCAUCUAGCCAGGCCUAGGCUAUUCACUCAUUAGAGAGUGCAGAGCUGUCUUACUUUAAGGCUGGCUGCUCGGACUUGGGCGAAGGUUGAUUUAUCCCUUUUUGACCUAUUACGUUUUCUCUUUCUCACUCUCCUAGCUUUCGCUAAUUCCAUGUUCCACCAUGGUACCGGAGUCUUGCAAGUUUUGUGCGCUUUCUUGGAAUUGAUUUUUCAACUGUGGCAAUAAUUGCUUUGAGAGUUUGGCUAUAAAGAUCAGGAUUAUCCGAAGCAAUGUCUGAGGAUUUCAAUGAUGUACCAUCCAACCUGAAUGUGGACCAAUCAGCCUUUGAGGAUUGGUCUAUUCCUCUAAUUGUGGUGGGCAACCUACGUAGGAGAGUUUGGGAAGGUUGUCACCUCCCCCAGGUUGUUUAGAGUUACUAGAUUGUCGUCCCAUUUUUCGACGAUUUUGCCACAUUUACACGAAUCGUUCCUGUCUUCCAAUCAAUAAAGAAGCAUUAAAGUCACCAAGGAUUAUUCCAUUUUGCCAACUAUUUGAGCUAUUUUCGUUAGCUCUUCUGUGUUUGCUUCAUGAGGAAGCGUGUGGUAUACGUCAGGUGUGCGUAAUUCAUUGCGAUUUGCCAGUUUUAACGAUUCUACUUGGGUUUCAAUGUUUCCUACAUUUCUUUAAAUAUUUUUGUAGGUAUUUUGGGUUUCAAGGUUUCCUGCACAAGGAUGAUGAGUCCUCCACCUUUGUUACCAGGCAUGUCCUUUUCUGGUUUUUCUAUAGACAGACAGAUACAUCUAUUUACGUCUCACUCAAGGGUACAUCAGAUAUAUGAAAACAUAUUAAGUUCUGAACAAACAUAGGUUGUACU